CCCAGGUCCUGAGACCUGAGACUUCCUGCAUCUCACUAUGAGGCUUCUAGUCCUUUCCAGCUUGCUCUUCGUUCUGCUGCUCUGUUUCUCCGUCUUCUCCUUGGAAGGGAGAAGGCAUUUUGCCAAGCCUGGGAAACUCAGGUUCUGUUGUCGCCUAGCUCCUAGCCGCAACCAGACAACCCAGAAAGGAAAUCGCAUGAAGGUCUGCAGAGUGUGCAAGGUGAAGGCAGUGGCCCAGCCUUGGGUGGUACCUGGGGCACUCCCACAGGUGUGACUUUCCCAGAGCCAGGCUCUACCAACCGAAACUCUUAUGUCCAGAGCUGGAGACAUCCAGAAGCCCCCAGAUGGCCUCUUGUGACUUUCACAGCAAUAUAUUGUGAUGUUGGAGGGCUUCAUCUUGGGCAGCAAGGGCCCUGAGAAAGUUCUAGAACAUCAGGGCCUCGACAUGAUCGUGUCAUCAACCUUCAUAAUGAUCGUGAAUCAGGCCCAGCCCACCAGGCUUUGGUCCCCACAGAACCCACCUUUUGCUGAAAACUGAGGACCCUCAU